AGGACACUCUUUCAGACUUGGAACUUUCAUGUUUCUUCUCAGGCUGACAAUUUCUGAAUUUUAAAAGUACUUUUUCUAACUCCCUAGUCACUUUUACAUCCUGCUGCUGGUCAUAUUAAGGAGUUUGGGGCAAGGACCCUUCAGACAAGUAUCACCUGUUCAUUAUCACCUUCUUUUAGCAGGGUUGCCCUCUAGGCCAGUUGCCAUCACUGGGCUGGGUGAGACCCCCAGACCAGCACAAAAGAAGGUCUAAGUCCUGUCUACAACUGUGGGCCUGGAGCCUCUACUGAAGAUAACAGUUUGUUUGCAAGGUUCAUUAGAACACUCACUGCUACUGUGGCAUUUGAAACUUUUCACUUACUAAAAACAUCAGAACUCACUCUAAAACUUAUUCAAUCCCUGCACUCUGAUUUCUCUCCGAAGAAUUCAGAUAGACCCCCAACUCACUGACUCCAACAACUCAGAGCACAGGGAGGCAGCGGGACCCCCGGCCAGCUCGGGCGAAGGCCAUGGGGAGGCUCAGGAGAGAUUGCACAGAGCCAGGGACACAGCAUGGCCAAGCCCCAGCUGGGCUGGAGCCAAGCCCGACCCCAAGGCCAGCCAGCCCAAGCAGCGCUGGCAGGGGGGACAGCAGGGGGACAGCAGAGCAGGGCCGUGCCCCAGCGCUGCAUAAAAAGGCCCAGCAGGCCCAGGGAGCAGUGACACUCUCAGCAGAGCCCAGGGCAGCGCUGGCAGAGCUGCAGCAGAGGGCCAUGGAGCAGUACUUCUCAGCCACGCAGAAGAUGGAGCAGGAGGUGAUGUUCCCCAGCCUGCUCCGAGGGGUCUUCCCGCAGCAGGAGGGGGCAGCGCCGGCCGCCGAGAGCCGCACGGACCUGUACGAGCGCUACCAGCUGCUCAAGGCCAUCAAGCCCAUGGUGGAGAAAGGCCUGGCCUCUGUGGGGGAGCAGAGCCCCGCCGGUGCCGACAGCGACGCGGCCCUGGGUGAGGGUGCAGACAGCAACCUGGAGGAGCGCCUCUCCCAUCAUGUCAAUGGAUUGCAGCAAGUUCUGACUGACCUCACCAAAAACACCAAAGCCCUGACCCGCAGGUACAGCCAGAUCCUGGAGGAGAUCCACCUUAGUGAGGAUCAGUCCAGCUCUUGAGCCUGCACUUCCCAUCUCUGAGGGUCUGUUGUCCAAGCCCAGUGGCACUUUUCUCCUGCACCAAGUCCCACCGAGGAGCAGCGCAGAGCUUGGCCAUCUGCUGCUGGGUGCUGCCUGCACCACCCGACUCGUCCUGCGGCCGAUCCUGCCGGCAAGCUUCCUGCUGCCUCUCACUCCUGUCCUUGGGGCAUUUCUGCAGGGCAGAAACGAGUGGUUUGUGUAGUUGCUUUGUAGAAGGCGUCUGUAACUUUGAAGCGAUGUUCCUUUCUGUGUGUGCCUCCAAACCGUUCUCUGUGGUAAUGUCAAUGAAAUGCAAAGCCUUGUGCAGAUGUGUCCUGUGUUUCCUAGCAGCUGGCACUUCUGUAGAACUACUGUCCCCCAGCACAUGAGGGUGAAGGGCCUUGGCUACCAAGGCCAGGCUUCAGUGCAAGGAGAUGAGCUGGGUUUCUUUGACAGGGCUUUGAGAUAGAUGUUCCCCCAGCUCUCUGUCUGUCUCACCUUGCAAAACCUCACUGUAAUUCUGCCACCAUUCUGUGCUUGGUGCUGGAUCCCAGUAAUCCUGCCACCAUUCUGUGCUUGGUGCUGGAUCCCAGCCUGCUCUCCAGCAUCCUUUCUUCCCUCCCACAACAUCCUCUUCUCUCCUGGAUUCCCAGCUUCCCAGCUCCUCCAUCCCAUCCCAUCCCAUCCCAUCCCAUCCCAUCCCAUCCCAUCCCAUCCCAUCCCAUCCCAUCCCAUCCCAUCCCAUCCCAUCCCAUCCCAUCCCAUCCCAUCCCAUCCCAUCCCAUCCUAUCCCAUCCCUUGUCCUACAUGCAUCCAGCCCUUUAUACCCAGCAUUGUGUCCUCUCCUGUGAACAACCUGUUCCCUCCCAGAAACACCACCCUUGGGAAGUCCUACUGAGCUGGGCACUAGAGGGAGAUGUCCCCUUGCUUGCUCAGGACAUCUUAAAACAACCUCAGCUGUUGAAAUAGUGCUCCUUUGGCUGAACAAACAACUGUUUCUCCAUCAACUUUCCACUUGUGAUUAUAAAACUGGAGAUCUCUGAGGAUCUGUGGUGAGAGGAGGACUGUCACCAUGCCCUCUGCUGCAGGCUCUGGUUGUGUUGUUUGUGUUGCUACAGGUGCUUUCCGAAUCUGCCAUAUCACAAAAGUGAAAUAACAUCCUUCAGACUGAAAUCAGACUCAUCAGCUCCAAAAGCCUCCAUCUAAAAUGAACAGAUGUUCUGCAGAUGGUAUCCCUGUUACCUCCAUUCACCUCCAGGCAGCUCCAUGCCUUGCCCAUGUAUUUGUGUUAACCCCUUUAGUGGGAUCCUGAUUGCUUGGCAGCAAAUGAAGAUCCACAACACUGUAAAAGGAGGACAAGAGCAGGAACUUUCUGCCUUGCUUUUAUUUUAGUGAAACUCUAAUUGCACAGAAAAUAAAAGAGAAAAAUUGUUGUGAUGA